AUGAAUCUGAUGGAAAUGAAGAAUAAGGUGAGCUUCAACUCGACUCCAGUCAUACCGGCAUUGAACGGACACAGAGAAAUAGCGGCCAUCCUCCUCUCGCAGAAUGGCGGCCGCGCUCUGGUCGAUUUGCGCAACAAUCAAGGACAAACGCCAUUGCAUUUAGCGACUUCGCAGGGAUACUGGCCGCUCGUCGAACUGUUGCUGCAUCAUAAUGCGGACGUCAGCAGCAUAGACAAGGACGGUAACACUGUGCUGCAUAUCGCGUGCUGCACUGCCAACAGCCCGAAUCAACAGAUUGUAGUGCCUACUCCCGAAAAUAGCCGAGAUUCACCACUUAUAUAUGCUAUUUGGCAGAACCUGGCAAGACAAGGCGCACAGACUGAAUUAGCAUUAGCUUGUUUCUUAAUAAGCGCGGACAGAAGCUGCAAACUUCUUAUGCAAGUCAAAAACAAUAAGAACAAGACACCGUUUGAUCUUUUGGAAGGCAAUCAACAGGUCGCUGUGCUCGCCUAUUUUCUAGGAUUUUGCAAAUGCCAAAGUUAUAGCACGCAGUUAGAAAUAAAAAAGAAUUCAUCGACCGCGGAUUACGUAGAGCAUCGGAUAGAUAAUAUGUUACAGACGGACAGAUUGCGCAGCGCGAAUAAGAAUAUAGCCGGCUUUGGCGACGCGUUAAGUCAGGAUUGCUCGGCAAUCAUAGCGAACACAAAGGAGGAGAAUCGAAAUGAUCCCAGCAGCAAUAUUACAGUCGUUGGUUGCAACCAUUCUGUUAACACGCAAACGAUUCAAGACGGUCAGCUGGCGACAGACGAGGUCUUCAAUCCGGAUAAAUCGAAGGACGUAUCAUCAGAGAGUAAACGGAAAGAGGAGAUCAGUGACAGGGAGAAGGACAACAAUCAGGAACCACUUAUGCUCCAGAUCAGGCUUCAGAUGUUAAAUUAUUUGAUGACUACAAUCGCGGAUUUUAGAGAGGCAAAUAUGUGCAACAUCUGUGUAGAACGCCGUCGUAACGUCGCCUUUUUAUGCGGGCACUGCGCAUGUGAACACUGCGCCGAACAACUGAAUACCUGUCACAUAUGCUGCAAGACGAUUACAAAGAAGAUUAAUUUAUAUAUUAGAUUAUCUGCAAAUCAACAAUCGCACCAGAACGUUGAUUACUACGCGGUGUCCAUGUGUACAGCGAGUCUGCUUAGAACAAGAGAUAUUUAUUCGUAG